GACAACGACAUCUGCAUCUUGUUGGAUGUGUUAGAAUCUUUGAGGAAAGUUUCAAGUCUGCGUUCUAUAGUGCUUGAAGGAAAUCCCUGUUCUACGUGCAUUGCGUAUAAGGACGCGGUACUCUCCCUUCUUCCGCAAUUAACAUAUUUAGAUAACACACGGGUAGCCGACAAGGAUAGGGCCCCUUGCACAUUUAGUAACGAUGACCUCAUAAAUGGAACAUUAAUAUUCGCCUGUCAUAGGAUUAUGGGCCUCCCCGCCCCACCGAAGCAAAAAGGAAUACAACAUGCGUUUUAUUUGGAAGUGGCGUUACCGUUACUAGACCAAGCGGCCUGCAGUUCAAAAUCUCCCCCGGUUACUAAACCCCCCGAAGGUGUUAGCUAUAAGUCACACUACGAAAGACCAGACGAAUAUAAACGGGAAAAAGAAUUGAAUACGCCAGAGGCUUCAUUUAAAACGUCUCGCAAGGAGUGGGCAAAAAUAAUUCAAUUCCCCGAAGAAAGUAUAUCCGCCCCUUGCCCGGAACAAGAGUUGACGUUGAUUCGUGAUACAUUCAGAAGCAAAGUAAACGUGAAGGUCAUUUAUCUGAUGGUGCGCCCUCCCGUCGUACCGAAAGGUAAACCUCCCGCAACUCCUCCUCACGAGGAAAUAAUGAAGAAAAUCACAUUGGCCAAUGUUACCUGCGAACUUCGCGCUGUGAAUUGGAGCGAUAAAACCAUCGACUUCUACUGGGCCGAUCAUGAUGCCUGCCACCUGCAGGCCAUACCAGUAGAAGGCAGCCUUAGGUCGAUUACUUACGUGGAAGGUAAACCGCCAGCGAAAGCUCGAGCUGUGGACGAUGCCAACGUGGAAUACCUUCCAAGUGUGUUAACCGUACAGGUCGGUUUUGGAUUAAAGCGUUUAGAAUCGAAUGCACAACGGUGAAUGGAAUAGGCGACGC